ACCGUCGACUCGACUCCGGCGCUGAUCACCAAUUUGUCGCUGAAAUUUUGAAAUUAGUCUGCUGUAAUACAUAUUCACUCUGAAACCAUGGUUAAUCUGUCAUUACGAAAAUAUUAAAAUGACCGAUGAUCCAAAUCAAUUGUUGCCUAAGAUUCAACAAUGCGAGACAUUUGUGAAUGAGGUUUUGAAAAAUAAGCUGAAGAACUGUUUAAUAGCCAGGGAAAACCACCAAACUGAAAUCCAAGAGUACCUUCAACUAAAAAAAACAAUUGAAAAUUUAAAUGAACUUGAUGUAAAUCCACUCAAAACUAAAGUUGACUUGGGGUGUGGAUUUUUCGUCCAAGCUGAAGUACCUGAUGUUUCCACAAUUUUGGUUUCAAUUGGUUAUGGAUUCUUCCUUGAGCUAACACGUGCUGAAGCGUGCAGUUUCAUUACCAAAAAAGUGGAUCAAAUAAGUGAGCGUGUUAAGGCACUGGAAGAAGAAGCAUCACACAUCAAUGCUGAUAUUAAAAUGAUGAUAGCCACACUUGGACAGUUGCAAAGCUAUAUUCCUGAAAGAAGCCAACCAAUUAACGGCAAUUUUUGCUUUCAUCGGUACGAGCGGCAACUUUCUUUGGAAGGAAUCGAAUUAAACCUGAACAUUAGUGAUAUUGUGCUGAAAACUUUCACCAAUUCAUCGAAAAAUAUUACUAUCGGUGGCGCAUCAAAGCCUGUUGAUUGUUUCUCAAAAUAUCGCGUCAAUAUCGUCGUUCCCUACAGGCGACGUCCAGAACAACUACGUGUCUUCCUUCAUUAUUUGCAUCGGUAUUUACAGUUACAGGAAAUCGACUACCGGAUUAUCGUCGUCGAACAAAGCCCGGAAAUGCAAUUCAAUCGUGGAAAGCUAUUUAACAUUGGAUUUGUCGAGAGUCAGAAACGUUUUCCAUCCGAUUGCUACAUAUUCCAUGACGUCGAUCUCAUUCCCUUGAGCCUGAAUAAUAUCUAUGCCUGCACAAAGAUGCCUCGUCAUUUGUCCUCAGCUGUAGAUACCUUCGAUUAUGAACUACCUUAUUGUGGAAUCUUUGGCGGUGCUGUGGCAAUGACAACUCAACAUUUCCAAAGUAUCAACGGGUUUUCCAACUUGUUUUAUGGAUGGGGAGGAGAGGAUGAUGACCUUUACUUUCGUGUGUCUCAAGCCGAACUUGGCGUGGUACGAUUUGAAAAAAAUGUUGCGAAAUAUAAAAUGCUUAGACACGAAAAAGAGGUUCCCAAUCCUAACCGCUUUGUAACCAUGAAAAAGAACAAAAUUAUUCAUGCCGCCGAGGGUUUAAAUAGCCUGAAUUACACUAUGUUGUCUGAAAUUGAGCUGAAAUCAUUGUAUACGUUGAUGCGUGUCCACCUGUAAAUGAGCUAAUUAUUUGAUCAAUUGUAAAAUAAUUUCCCAUGUAUUACUCCUCGAUUCGAGACUUUGUGUUGUAAUAGAUUUGUGUUUAGUA